AUUUAGCGGUACUUCCUUCUUUACAAUUGCAUGUAUCACCUCAGAUUGCCGGAACAAUAUCCCCUCCCGCUCCCCGCCGUUAUUUCGCUGUGUUUCGUCUCCUGAAAACUCUCCACAAUAACCUCCCUCGUCUGCCAAAUCCCGCGCUGCGAACUAUUACACCCGCUCUAAGCAUCAUACCCAUAUCCAUACGCAUCAUCAUGAUUAUUCUCACCCCCAUGCUCGUGAUUAUGCCGCGUCCCACCAAGCGGAAUCCCCGCCACCCGACGGCCGCCGCUUGGAUCCCCGCAUGUGUCUCAUUCGAACUCCGCUUGAAUGCGGCGUCCGAGCGGCGUAAUAUUGUCACAGCGGGUGCCUCAGGCAGCUCCGACAGGAGUCCUGGGCAUCAGGUGAUCACCCACUGUAGUUGGCACUUUUACGCGAAGAGAGGGAAACUCCGCGAUUUUGACUCCAACAUUUCCGAUUCUCCAUCAGUACCCCAACCUUUUGCAACGACCAGUGAAUCGGAAUAUCCCUGCUUAACAUCUCCAAUGAACUGAUUGUUAUUAUUUCAGAACAUUUGGAAGAUCAGAAUGAUUUACACGCCUUAGCUCACGUCAAUCGACGACUAUGCUACCUUGUGGUCCCUUUGCUAUACCAGUGGAACAUCAAGAAUAUGCAUGGUAAAUGUAUCCUACAAGCAGCAGCACACGGCUCUCUAUCCGCAGUACAGAGGUUACAGAAAAAGGAUUUGAAGUACAAUACCAGUUCGGAAUAUGAAGACAAAGAUCACAAGACAGCCCUACACUUUGCCUCAAGUAACGGAUUCCUCUCAGUUAUAAAGGACUUACUUUAUCAACCUGGCUGGAAGGACACACUAAUACAUCCCCACUUCUGGGGCGAACGGGUAAAUCCAGUUCAAGAGGCUGCAUUCAAUCGACACAGGGAGGUGGUUGACUACCUCUUAUCAAAAAACACCUAAUGAGCUUGAUGCGGUUAAUGUAUGUUUGCCUGGCGCAGCAGCCUCCGGCGACAUCGGCCUCGUCAUCUACCUUUUAUUACGAGGCGCCGACAUCAACUAUCAACAGUUUGCAAAGACCGCC